UGGCAACUCAGAUCCGCUCGGGUCUUCUCUAGAAUCCUCCCCUCCGACACCGGGAGUCCGGGACGGGCGAAUCCAGCCAGAUUCGCCUCCAAGACCGCCGCGAUUGGAGGGCCGCGAACGCGCGGGAGAGAUCGCCGGAGGACCCCACCAAUUCUGGCCACCAACCUCCAUCGGUGAGCCACUUCUCCACCGGUCUGGUCUAGUGGGGCGAAGCGGAGAUCCAUCUGGACGUGAAUUGCUUCUUGUUGUUGGUUCUUCCUCUUCAGCGCGCAACGUCGAUCGACCUCGAUUUUCACCGGUCUCUUGGUAUCCAAUUAAGUUCCGUCACAGAGAUCAUCUCCUCCGAUCUCCACUUGCUGGUCGAUUACAAAGUCCCUUCACCCGAAGCUCCCGUGAUGGCUGCGGCAAAUGGAGCGGCAGUCCAUGCAUCUGCCAAGGCACCAUUGUUCUGCUUUGGUGUCAUUGCUGAUGUUCAGUAUGCCGAUAUCCCAGACGGCCGGUCAUUCCUCGGCGUGCCGCGCUACUACCGCCACAGCAUCACUGUCCUCCAAAGGGCUGUCGGUACCUGGAACAAACAGAACAACAUCAAGUUCUCAAUCAAUUUCGGCGACAUCGUCGAUGGCUUCUGCCCAAAGGACAGAUCGUUGUGGGCAGUGCACAAGGUCCUUGAUGAGUUUGACAAGUUCGACGGCCCGACCUAUCACAUGUUGGGCAACCAUUGCCUCUACAAUCUCCCGCGCAGCAAGCUAGUGUCUUUGCUGAAGAUGCCAGUGGAUUCCGACCGCGCUUACUAUGACUUCUCGCCAUGCUCUGAGUUCAGAAUUGUUGUUCUGGAUGCGUAUGACUUCAGCUGCCUUGGCUGGCCCCACGAUCAUCCGGUGACUGCAGCAGCCAUGAAGCUCCUGGAUGAAAAGAACCCAAACACUGACAAGAACAGCCCUGACGGUCUGGUUGGCGUUGACAGGCGGUUUGUGAAGUUCAAUGGUGCAGUUGGCAAGGAGCAGCUGUCCUGGCUCGAUGAUGUCCUCCAGGAUGCAUCGACAAGCCGGCAGAGUGUCAUCCUGUGCAGCCAUCUCCCAAUGGAUCCCGGCGCAUCUUCCCCGGCAGCUCUCAUGUGGAACUAUGAUGAGGUGAUGGCUAUUGUUCGCCGGUAUAAUUGUGUCAAGGCCUGCUUUGCCGGGCACGAUCACAAGGGUGGCCACUCCAUAGACUCGCACGGUGUGCAUCACCGCACUCUGGAGGCUGCGUUGGAGUGUCCUCCUGGCACCAGCGCGUUUGGGCAUGUCCAAGUGUAUCCUGACAGGCUAUUGCUUGUAGGUUCUGACGGAAUGGCUGAUACUGAAAUUUGUUUUUGAGUCCUCGAGUGAUCUGUCUGUCUAGCGGACGAAAGUUCAUGUGACUCCAUUGUUUCACGACAUCAUUCCAUUGAAGAUGUCGAAAGAUACGAUGAGAUCUAUAUAAUCCUUAGUUCCCUAUUGAGAA